GGGCCCCGGCCGGUGAAGCGCAGGGGCACGGCGAACCGCAAGGAGCGGCGCAGGACUCAGAGCAUCAACAGCGCCUUCGCGGAGCUGCGCGAGUGCAUCCCCAACGUGCCCGCCGACACCAAGCUCUCCAAGAUCAAAACUCUCCGCCUGGCCACCAGCUACAUCGCCUACCUCAUGGACCUGCUGGCCAAGGACGACCAGAACGGGGAGGCGGAGGCUUUCAAGGCAGAGAUCAAGAAGACGGACGUGAAGGAGGAGAAGAGGAAGAAGGAGCUGAAUGAAAUCUUGAAAAGCACAGUUAGCAGCAGCGAUAAGAAAACCAAAGGGCGGACAGGCUGGCCGCAGCACGUCUGGGCGCUGGAGCUCAAGCAGUGAGCGCGGCGGGGGCCCCGCUCGGCGCUCCCCGAGGACUCUCGCGUUCGGAACCAUCCCGCUUAUUUAUGUGCAAUUUCUCCCCCACCCCCCUAAAACAUGGAUAUUUGAAGGAGAGGGAAAAAGCAUUCCAUAGAUGGCUAUGAAGAGGAAACUCCGUCUUGGUAAGGGGUAAUAACGUCUCUAAUAGUUCCGUGAAUGUUAUUUGCUCUGUGUAAAACCCACGGGGAAAACUGAACCGUAGAGAAGGAGAAAGGGGAAAAAAAAAAAUCCCUCCCUGGCAUUAGUGUGUAUGUGAAGUGUAUCUUUAAUACUUGGCCGUUUGGAUAUAAAUAUUCCUGGGAUUAUAAAGUUCUAUUUCAACAGAAGCAGUUGCACCCGCGUUCGGUCGGCUCCGUAUUUCGUGUCGUGAUUUUGUUGUGGUUGUUCGGUAUUCUGAGAUGUUUUCAGCAGUUAUUGGUUAUGUGCACUUCCGUCCAUAAGGGAAAAAGUGGAAUCUAAUUAAUAUUGAAGGUGUAAGCGUUGUAAGUACUCAAUAAACCACUGUGUGUGUUUUUUUACAAAAAAAAAAA